GCCCAUCCGCCAUUGUGGAGUAGAGCAGCGGUGAUAUUCUCUCCGAAUAUAACACACGGUGUGAAUGUUUCGGACUUUCACAAACACACCGCACGGCCACCGAUCUCCGUUUGACACACGCCGUCUCCGCCGCCCGAGAGAACCGCUGCCGAUCAUCUGAGACCGGGGGAGGAGAUCAGCGCUUGUGAUUGUAGGGCCAACUCGGAGAGAGGAGAAAUAACGUGAACCCGCAGAGGUGGCAGGAGAGAUCGUGGACAGUCAUAACAACGAUCAGUUCGGGCUCCCGGAGGAUGUCUGCGACAACUGUCGAUCAGAGACCUAAAGGACAAGGAAACAAAGUGCAAAACGGUUCGAUGCAUCAGAAGGAUGCUGUGAAUGAUGAUGACUUUGACAAUUACCUGAGCAGCCAGACAAAUCAGAGUAAUAGCUACCAACCAAUGUCUGAUCCCUACAUGCCCAGUUAUUAUGCCCCCUCCAUCGGAUUCCCUUACUCCUUGGGAGAGGCUGCUUGGUCCACCGCAGGAGACCCCCCUAUGCCCUACCUGACCACCUAUGGACAGAUGAGCAAUGGCGAACCUCACUUCAUUCCAGAUGGAGUCUUUAGCCAGCCUGGUGCUUUAGGCAACACGCCCCCUUUCCUCAGCCAACAUGGAUUUAACUUCUUUCCCGGAAAUGCAGACUUUUCCACCUGGGGCACCAGUGGUACUCAGGGACAGUCUACGCAGAGCUAUGGGUAUCCCCCCAGCUCACUGGGUCGGGCCAUAGCAGACGGACAGGGAUUUGGCAGUGACUCACAACUCAGUAAAGUUCCGGGGCUCAGUAGCAUCGAUCAGGGUAUGGGCGGGCUCAAGCUUGGUUCCGACAUGUCGGCUGUUACGAAAGCGGUGGGGUCUCCUUUAGGAGGGACGGCAGGCAUGGGCGCUAACAACAUGCCAACCGUGAGUUCCUCAGCACCCAACCCCAACUCUUGGGCUGCCAUCGCAAGGAAACCUGCAAAACCCCAGUCCAAGCUGAAGCUGAAACCCAACAUGGGUUUGGGGGGUGGGGCGACAAUCCCUCCACCACCAAUAAAGCAUAACAUGAACAUUGGAACGUGGGAUGACAAAGGCUCCCUCAACAAGCCUCCUCUUGCUCAACAGAUGUUGCCCCCGCAGCAGCUGGUGCAGCAGCAACUCAUGGCCCAACCUCAACCCAUGAUGCAGAAUCCGUUGCCUCAUCAACACCAGCAGCUCCACCUACAGUCUCCACAACCCCACCAGCAGCUGCCCUUAGGUCCCCCCCACCCUCAUCACCACUCGCAACCUGGCCCCCCCCAGCCCCUGCACCCAUUGCAGCAGAACCCACCACCCCAAAACCGCUGGGUGGCCCCUCGAAACAGAGGAGCGGCCUUCAACCAGAGCAGCGGAAUGGAGAACUUUGGCCUCGGGACGGGAAUCCCCAUGAGCUCGUCGCCGUCUUCCGGCGAGGUUCACCCCGUCCUGGAGAAGCUCAAGGCCCUCAAUAACUACAACCUUAAAGACUUCGACUGGAACUUGAAAAACGGACGGAUCUUUAUUAUCAAGAGCUACUCGGAGGACGACAUCCAUCGCUCCAUUAAGUACUCCAUCUGGUGCAGCACAGAGCAUGGAAACAAGCGCCUGGAUAGUGCCUACCGUUCGCUUGGUGCCAAAGGUCCGCUCUACCUACUUUUCAGCGUCAACGGCAGUGGACACUUCUGCGGCGUGGCUGAAAUGAAGUCCACCGUGGACUAUAACGCCUACGCCGGCGUCUGGUCCCAGGAUAAGUGGAAGGGCAAGUUCGAGGUGAAAUGGAUCUUUGUCAAGGACGUGCCCAAUAACCAGCUGAGGCACAUCCGUUUAGAGAACAAUGAUAACAAGCCUGUCACCAACUCCAGGGACACUCAGGAAGUGCCCCUAGAAAAGGCAAAGCAAGUGCUUAAAAUUAUUGCAACUUUCAAGCAUACCACCUCAAUCUUUGAUGAUUUUGCACAUUACGAAAAGCGGCAGGAGGAAGAGGAAGCCAUGCGACGGGUAAGUGCUGCUUUCUGCCACUCUUGGACCAUAGCAGAAAGCAGGCACUGCAACUUUUAGAUCAAACCAAAUCUAGUUCUUAUAAAUUAGAAUAAAAUAUAGUUUUAGUAGCAACUUAGAAUAGUGUUUCUCUUACAUCUAGACGUAGGCAGACCCCAAACAUUGUUAUUUGUCACACAAUGUAAAAAGAGCAGUCAGUCAUCCUUAGGAAUGCACUUUUUGAUGCGUUUACCAUUCGUUUGUGUAUAUUAGCAUGGCUUGAGCAAUAAAAGGAAUCUCGGCCAUCUAUUGACAUAUGACUGGUGUUGAGCAGUGAUGCCAAUCAAACAGCAGGCAGAUGUCCCAUGAAUAGAUUUGACUUGCAUCAUUUCCUGCCACACAACACAAAUAAUUGAUGCCUGUGCUUGUUACCUCGGCACCAGCUGCUUUGACUUUGUCUGCGAGUUAUGUUGUGAUUGCACAACAUUUUAGAUCAUAUUUCACAUGAUUAUGAGGAUGUAUCCCAAAAGGAAGGAUGUGGAUUUAGCAUCUAGGCAAAUAUCAUGCUUUACCAUUUAAACUAUAGUUUGGUCCAUGUAUUGGGUUGUUGGUGUGUUUUUACAGUGCCUUUGUAGAGUGCCCAAUACAGUUAUGUUCAUAUGAAAACAUACUGUACAUAAUUGUAACCGCUUCCAUUAAAGGGACAGUUCACCCAAUUAUGAAAAUUUGUUCAUCAUUUACUCAGAACACCAAAGCAUAUAUGGUGCCAUCACAAAACUGCAGAGAUAUUUGUCCAAAGAAACAUUUAAUGACACGAGGGAGAAUAAGAAAUGAAACAAUUAAAUUUUUUGGGUGACUAUCCCUUUUAAAAAAUUAAUCCCAAAUUAACCACAACCUGAAUUGUAGUUUUAUUUAACACAGUUAUUUAUGUCUUACACUAAAAUAGACAUAUUUAGACAUUCGUAUACAGGAUGAUGUCAGUGUCAUCCAUGUUGGUGAAUACAUUGUCAUAAACUGUAAUCAUAAACUAGCCACUGACUUGACUUGCACUGCAAUCCUAUUAGCAGGUGUAGUCAUGCAUGUACUCCAACUUUUGCCUUGUGUCCACUCCAGUUACUUGUUUGUAAAAAACAAUACACAGUAGGUUUGCCAAGAACAUACAAUAGUCCAGUACUCUUAUUAUUAUCAGUGGAUCUUUAUUAAAUUGCAGUUUUGUAAUGUACUUUUUUUAACUUAAUUUUUUCACAUAUUAGAAAACGUCACAAUAAAUGUAUAUUCAGAAUCUUA